GGAGAAGGAAGGUCGCGUUAAUACGUGUGCAUUUUCCUCAACACCUCAGAGUUGGAGAGAGCUCUCCUUUGAAAGGGUCUCUACAGAGUCAGGUUCCUGCUUAAUUGGAAAGAUUGUGACUUCUGGAAACACCAAAAUUCAUCAUGUUGAUGUUUGGCAAAAUAGAUUAGACAGGAAAUUGGUAGAAGUGACUUCAAUUAACCUUCUGAAACACUAAGCGAAGAGCUCAUCAACCAGGAAAGAUUUGUGAGCCACUCAGCCAUGGAAGAAACGUACCUGCUGAAUGUGGAAGGCGUCAAGAAAAAGAUUUUACACGGAGGCUGCGGAGUUCUUCCAAAUUUCCAGGAUGGAAGCAAGGUGACCUUUCACUUCCAGACCCUGAAGGAUGACUUUGAGCGAACAGUAAUAGACGAUAGCCGCCAGGCCGGCAUCCCUAUGGAGAUUAUUAUUGGGAAAAUGUUCAAAAUUGAGGUGUGGGAGACCCUUCUGACUUCCAUGCGGAUUGGUGAGGUGGCCGAGUUCUGGUGCGAUGCUGUGCACACAGGGAUGUACGCCUUGAUCUCCAAGGGCAUGAGGAAAAUUGCGGAGGGCAAAGACCCCUUGGAGGGGCAAAAGCACCGCUGCGGGAUGGGCAACAUGUUCGACUAUCACAGCACCGGCUACGCAGACCUGGAUGAGCUGCAGAGGACCCCACAACCCCUCAUCUUUAUAAUGGAGCUGUUUAGAGUGGAGGACCCCACUUCCUACAAACGGGAUACGUGGGCCAUGAGCAAUGACGAGAAGCUGCUGGCAGUGCCGAAGUUGCACACCGAGGGCAACCGUCUGGUCCUUUCCAGGAAAUUCAAGGAAGCAGCCGAGAAAUACCAGGAAGCCGUCAUCUGUUUGCGCAACGUCCAAUCCAAGGAGAAGCCAUGGGAAGAGGACUGGCUGAAGUUAGAGAAUCUCAUCACGCCUCUUGUACUCAACUAUUGCCAAUGCCAACUGGAGCUGGGAGAGUAUUAUGAAGUGCUGGAACACACCACCGAUCUUCUCCAGAAGAACAACAAAAACGUGAAGGCCUAUUUCAAGAGGGCAAAGGCACACGCUGCCGUCUGGAACGAGAAGGAGGCCCGGAUGGACUUUGCGAGGGUGGCCCAGCUGGACCCGUCUUUGGCCGCUGCUGUGAGGAAAGAGCUACGGAUUUUGGGGGAGAGGAUGAGGCAGAAGCACGUGGAAGACCGCAAGAGAUACCAAGGUCUCUUCCAGCCCUCUUCUCAAGGGGAAACCAAGGAGAAAGUGGUGGAAGAGAGCGAAGAGAGAAAGGAAGAACUCCCUGAUGAAGGACACCAGACAGAGACGGAUGAAAGGAAGGAAGAUGCCUUCUUAGGGCCAAAGAGAGAUGGUCAAGAGAUGAGUGUGAGGAAUAGAGAAACAGUGGAAGGAAGCAAAGAGGAGGAAAAGAAUGGAUCCCCAGAGAAUCCAAGCAGAAAUGACACAGAUGAAGCUUCCCUUCAGAAAGAAAUUGAGGUCAGAACAGGAACCGAAGAACCAGAAGAACAAGGAAAAGUUCAGAGUUGUUCUAAAGAUAAUAUUGCCAAUGGGGAAACCUCUGAGAACGAUGCUGGGCAUCACCAGUCAAGCAAAGAAAGAGAAAAUAGAGAAACAGAGGGCUAUCAAAGGAGACAAGCAGAUUCUCCAGCACUGAAGGGAGAGCCAGAAAGAACAGGUGUCCAUGUUGUGUCUAAAGGAGUUGUGAGAGCUCCAGGAAUCGCAACAAACAGCAUAGGAAAAGAAGUCAUGGAAGGAUGUUGUGAUGGUGAAAAAGGAGAAGACAUCAACCCCAGCAGCCAAUUCAGGGUUCAGGACAGUGUUGGCUUUGAAGAAGAGAAUAAUAAGGAAGGAGCAAGAGAGGAGAGUUCUGAGGAAAGCCAUGGAGGAGAUCCCUUCCUUCAGGUCCAAGAAGAAGGUCCAAAGAGGGAACCAGAAGCAUCGGCGGAGCUGAAUUUGAAGGAAGACGCAACUCGUGGCAAGGAAAAGGACGAAGAGCCAUGCAAAGUUCAUUCUGCUGCAGAGAAUGAUGAGAGUAGAGAAGACACAGAGUCGGAACAGGCAAAAAGAGAGACUGGCAACCAUUCACAGUCUGGAAAGGAAAUGUGUGAGUCUGCUCAGUGUGAGGCCAACAGAGAAGGCAAUGGGAUGGUAGAUGGAGAUGACGAGAGAGGAACACUAGAAGGCAACACGAGCAUCAGAACAGAGGACUCCAAGCAAGAGAGGGAUGGUAUUCAGGACAAAAUAGGUGGAGAUGGACAGAAAGAGUUGGCCAAAGAUGGGUCCAGCGCUGAAUCACAAGGAGAGAUACAAGGGGACGAGACAGAACAAGGAUGCCUUGAAGAAGAGAUGAACUUCAGGAGAGAGAUGAAGAUGGUGGAGAGCUCUGUCUCAGGACAGGAAGGUUCACAAGCCACUUGGGAAGGACUAAAAGAGAGCCUGGAAAUGCAUAUGGAUGAAGACUGUUUCCAGGGGAAUGACGAGAGGUCAGAAGUUGGCACAAAAGAAAAGAAAUGAGCAUCGAGCAUAGAGGUGGCUUGGCCUGGAACUAUAAAUACAUUGAAUGUUUUCGUCCUGACUGAGACUAACCUAGAGAAGCAAGGUGGGCAAAAGAGAAGUUGUCGAAGGCUUUCAUGGCUGGAAUCACUGGGUUGUUGUAGGUAUUUCAGGCUAUAUGGCUGUGUUCUAG